UAGUAUACCCUUUUACUCUACGAGUAACGGGUAUAAAAAGCCUUAAUCGGUUUUUAGAAUCUAGUAACCGUAAUAAUCGGAAGUGAAGUGAUCGGUUCUUAUAGUCUGAAGCUUUAAUCGGGUUUAAAUUCUAGUAACCAUAAUAAUCGGAAGUGAAGUGAUCGGUCUAUAUAUUCUAGUAGAUUUAACAAUCGUAAGUGAUGAGAUCGGGUUGUAGAUCUUAGCAUAUUGAAAAAUAAAAAAAUACAUGAAUAAAUCGACAACAUAUCUAUUUUUCUUGCAGGGAGUUAAAUCAACAUCGUCUUGCGUGCUCUUAUUUUCCGGAUGCUUAAUAAUAAGAAGGAGAACUAUUUCAAUCGGAAAUUAAAUUUUUUUUAAUCGGAUAUGAAGAUCACAAUUUGAAUUUUAAAUGAAUACAUUAUAUUUAUUGUUCCUGUAAAUCAAAGUAAGUAAAUCAAAGCAUUAAUAUCGUCUUGCCAACUCCUCUUUGGAAUAAUCGGAAGUGAAACUAGUUUUAUCGGAUAUGAAGUGCUUGGCUUGAAUAUUGAAUAAAUCUAAUAUAACUUUUCAGCUUGAAGUAAAUCAAAGCAUUACCAUCGUCUUGCGUGUUCUUCUUUUCGGAUUUCUUAUGUUUUAUUACUUAACCAUUUAAUUUUAAAAUAUUUUAAAAUUUUUCUGAAAGUGAAUGAAAGCAUUAACAUCGUCGCAAAGCUAUUUUAAUAUUGUUUGAAUAUUAAAUGAAUAUUGAAUGAAUCUAAUAUCUCCUUGAAGUAAUUAAUGCAUUAAAAUCUUCGUGCCUAUUUUUAUUUUCGGAAAGCUUUAUAAUCGGAAGAGAAACUUUUUCAAUUAAUUUACUAUUUGUUAUCUCUCAACUGUUUAAGCCAGUUAUAUAUUUCUGGAUGUAAAUCGAAUGCAUUAACAUCGUUUUGGUUUUCCUUAUUUUCGGAAUAAAUGGGAAAGAAACUAUUUUAAUUUUAAUCGGUUUAUUAAUCAUAGUAGUCUGGAAAUUUUGACAGUCCGUUUUGACAAUACGUUUUGAAUAAAUCUAACAGAAUAUUUCAGUUCCUUGAUGCGAGUCAAGGCAUUAACAUCGUCUUGGCUAUUUUUAUUUUCGGAAAUCAAGCUAUUUUAAGCUAUUUCUCGUUUUAUAAAUCGUAAUAAACCGGAAACUUUUGACAAUACGUUUUGUAAAAAAGAAACCAAAUUUUUAACACCAAUUAGCUGCAAUAUCGAUAAGGCCUCGCACAGCUGAUUUGGAUACAGCGUCUCUUCAAAACAGAAACUAAAUAUUUUAAAGACACAGAAGGUUGAAAAAUCAUCACUGACAUUGAAGACAACUUAUCAACGCGACUCCCGAAACUUCAGUUUCAGUUUCGGUACCUUAUGUUUUACAUUGCUAAAUAAAACAUCAUUAAUAUAUAUCUAUAUUAAGACAUAAUGGAUAGGAAUCGUGCGGCGAUUUUCAAAAUCGGCUUCAAUAACUUCAGAAUCAUAUCAUACGAAAUGGUGAUUAAUCGUACGGAACCAAAUCAGGAUAGGCGGAGCGCCAAGAUGAUGGUGGUCCAGGCAGGUGGAUCGCAGUACUUCGUCACCUUUACGUUGCCAAGAGCUUCAUGUACGGUACAUGAGUUGCUAACCCAGAUGAACAUUCCGUUCGAUGAGAAUACGAUCAUUGAUUGCAUACCGAAUAUCCAUGGUAAUAUCCAUAUUGUUGUCUCUGUCGGUUUCUCCUUGCAAGGCAGCGCUGGCGAGAUAAUCCCCCAGGCGGAGAUGUUGAAUACGCAUAUGAAGCAGCUAAAAGAUAAUCCUCAUUCUGCUACGGCGGCUUUAAUGGCCGAGGAGGAACUACAAGUAGCUACUACUACCAGCGACAAUAAAAAAUUGCAAGAUUCAAAACCAUCGGGCAAAAAAGCACAUCGCAGCAAUAGCAAAAAGCUAGAGAAGAUGCUGAAUCAGAAAAAAACAGUUUUAGCAAAAGAUGAUCUCUGGGGCAAGUUGGGGGAAGACACAGAUUAUACAAACAAACUGUGCAAAAAUGUAAUACAGCCACCUCUGAACGUAUUUCCAGUUUUUGUCGUUCCAUCCUCAAAGAAAGCCACAGAUGAUAAUCCUGCUAAUAAUGCUGCUGGUGAUCCUAAUCCUAAUAAUAACAGCCAGAAAGUUUCAGGAAAAUCAGAUAAGGAAGAACAUCCUAGCAAUAGCAAGAAGCACAAGAGAAGCGGUUCCCCAAGGGACAGGAAGAAGACAAGGAAAAAUCCACGAACUCCUCAGAAAAGUGUCGCACCAUCGGAGCACGUCAGAAAAAACUACGAGGCUAAAUACCAAGGACGUAGCACUCCACAUGAUGACACAGAGGUCAACCAGAUGCUUCGCCAAGCUCAGGCUACCCAUGAUGAAUUUAAGGACAGCGAUAGUGGUCAAAAGACUAAGAAGAAUCCACAGACUCCCCAGGACAGUUCCUCGUCUUUGGAAUCAUCUUCUUCUUCUUCUUCUUACAAAUACAAAGAUAAUAGCCAAAGUGAUGGUUACAAACGAAACCAAGCAUUUUUGAAGAAGAUUUAUGGCAAAAGGGACAUUGAUGGUGGCCAGCAGAAUGGGCGUGUAGUUGAAAGAAUUCGAUAUAUUAAAGAAGAGAGGAUGUUUGAGUCUCACAACCAAGGUCAAGGUGAUUUGCACGGAUGCAGGAAUAGAAGCCGUUCGGCAAGUGAUGCUAGCCUAGUAAAACGAUCUCAUUAUGGUUGUUUCGAAGAUGGGAUAGACAAAUUUGCCAAGCGCAAGAGUUACGAUUCUUACCAAACAAUGAUGGGACAAGAUGCACGUGCUCCUGAAAUCAUGGUACGUCCAGAGGAAAAACCAUCUACAUCCCUACUUUUCCCGUCUGUGGAUCAAGCCAUAGAUGGUUAUAAGUUCCAGAAACCAUUUAUAAAUGAGAAACCGACGAUUUCACGGCUUUUUCCAGGUCCAGACCUAACCCUAGAUAAUAUUAAACGCAAGAAACUGAAAGAGUCCGACUUUUUGGAUAAGAAACCAAGGAUUUUUCGGGAUUCGGACCAAGACUCAAGCCCAAAAGAAUCAGACUUUCAAUAUGAAAAACCAAGGAUUUCACAGCUUUAUCCGGGCCAAGUUAUAGAUAAACAUAAACGUAAGAAACGAAAAGAAUUAGACUUAUUGCAUGAGAAAUCAAAGAUGUCAAGGCUUUUCCCUGAAAUAAAUAGAAGUAACAAGUACAGGAAGCUAACUCGUUCGACAAGCGAUGAGAAACCAUCGACCUCGAUGUAUUGUCAGGCACGUAGCUAUCCAGAUGAUGACAAAAAGGCCGGCCAUACGUAUAAGAGAAUCCGCUCUUGUGAUGGUAGCCUAAUGAAACGGCGGUCGGUUGGUUCUCAAGAAGACAAAAUAGUCCAAUAUACCAAGCCGAAGAGUGAUGAUGCUUACCAGACAAUGCUGGGACAAGAUGGAAAUGCUACUGAAAGCAUGAUACGAACCAAUGAUGGCUUUUCAGAAGAAAAACCAGCUACAUCCCGGCUUUUCCAGUCUCUGUGCCAAGCCGGAAAUGGUCCUAGAAGCAAAAAACCACAAGAAAACCCGUUUUCUUUCAUAAAGAAAAAGACAGAAGGAACAUCUACACCAAACCUACCGAAAGAUGCUAUAUCAGAAAACCCUUCUUCGAGUAAGCCAAUGACCCUCGAAGAAAAAGCAGAACAAAGCCGCCUGCGCAGGAAUCGCAAGUGGAUCCUUAGCAGAGACAUUGACGAAGAGAAGGUGGUUUUGUUAAGCAGUGAUGAUGAAAAUGCCGACAAUGAUGGACAGUUGGAAAAUUUGAAUCACGAAGACGGAGAACCAUCGGAUAUAUAUCUAUCCGUUGAAGAGAAUCUAACAUUGCUGAUGUAUCCGCCGAAGGGCACCGGUGCCCUAGCCAUCACUAUGAAGGAUUAUCUUUGCCUCAGUGAUGAAUCCUAUUUAAAUGAUAUAAUUAUCGAUUUUUAUCUCGCAUGGCUCAAGGAUAAGCUACCCAUGCACCUCCAGUAUAAGACUCAUAUAUUUGGUACAUUUUUCCACAAAAGAUUAACUUCAACGAAGUACGUACGAGGACAUAAGAAGGCCAAGGAACGGCACGAGAAGGUCCAGAAAUGGACUCGUACGGUGAAUAUAUUUGAAAAGGAUUUCGUAAUCGUACCAUUUAACGUUGACGCCCAUUGGAUGUUAGCGAUCAUAUGCUAUCCCGGUCUAAUACAUCCGAUUCCGUAUAAAAAGUAUGAGACAAUGAGCAGUGAUACCAUAAAACAACCAGUGAUCCUCAUCUUUGACUCACUAGCUGGUCGUCAUGAAACUGAUUUUGAUAUAUUACGUGGCUAUCUAACCUUCGAGUACAAGGCAAAGUAUCCUCAUGCAGAACCUCGUAUCUUUAAUGAGACGAAUAUGCCAGGGCAAAGUGUCACUGUGCCCCUUCAGAAGAAUCUAACAGAUUGCGGACUUUAUUUGCUUCAAUACGCCGAGCAUUUCUUCAGGAAGCCAAUCAAAGAUUUUAGACUACCAAUUCAGGAUAUGUCAAAUUGGUUCGACCUCCUCACAGUAACCAAGAAACGAGAGGAAAUAGCUUGUCUUAUCCAGUUUCUAAUGGACGAAGCCAAUCCUCAGCAAAGAAAGAUCCUGCCCGUUCUCCAGUUUCCCACACUGCACGGCCAAUUACUGAAAAAGCGUCGCUCAGGGAGCGGUGAUCAAACCAAAAAGGUUUGAUUAUUCUCAGGAUGAAAGUAGUGAUACGAAACCUAUAAAUCACACUGCAAGCUUUCGGAAAUUGUCAAAAUUGUUUGUGUAAACCUUAGCCAAGGUAACUAUGUAUACUCAAUACAUACAUACAUACAUACACCUGUGUAUCAACACUUUACACAAAAGACACCCUUUACAAAGGACUUGAGAAGGAUCAUCUUAUAAAGAGAGAUCUCAACACGAAUUAAUACACUAAUGACCAAAAGGGUCACAAGAAAGGGAAAGGUCAAUGAUGACUUGAUCACCAAGAGCCAGCAAGAAGAUGACUGAUGAUCACUAAAACGAGGAUCAAGGUCACUAAAAGGACGUGACGGAAGUAACCAUGAGACACAAUAACCGCCUAUAAGGCGUAAAGAUGGUUACCAUACAAACGGGGGUUUCCCCACAUGUGCAAGUUAAACAAGGGGUUACCAGACCCAUAAAAAAAUCGAGUCAUGACAGCAUAGCUUUACAUAUUACCAAAAAAAAAAAAAAAAAAAAAGAAAAAAAACACAAAAUUUAAGAUAAGUGAGAAAACUUGGAAAUCGCAGGGUAUUACCGAUCAGCAUUAUACAUACACAUAUGUACAUAUACUCGUUUCCGAAACCCACAUCUUUACGCACACACACACUCUUACACACAUAUGCGAUCUCUCUGUGCCUGUAUAGGUGCGGGUUUCGGCGAUAAGAAAAUCGAGCCAUAAAGUCGCGCCGGCGAUUCUGUUGACGCUCAGUUGCUUUGAAGCGAUUCUUCAACGCAGACGAACGAACGGAGUUCCUAUAUUUAAAAAAAAAAAACACAAAAACAAAACAAAUUGAAACUAUAACCAGGGUGUGUGACAGGGACAGGGACAGGAAAGCAAAGCCAAGUAGAGGAGUGCAGAAGCAUAGCGAAUAACGAACAGAAAGCAGAGCGGGCAACAACACGUGAAAAACAGCAGCCGCCAAUUGGUUUUAAUUUCAAUA